AUGUCGCUCGAGGCUGAGACGAAGAGUUUCGUCUCCAAGUUUGAAUACUCGGACGAAGAUGUCAACAAGGCAGUGAAGGAGUUUCUCCGCCAGAUGGGCGAGGGCCUGGAGAAGGAUGGAACCAGCCUGAGCCAGAUCCCAACGUACGUGACGGCUGUACCCAAUGGCACCGAAAAGGGUCUCUACAUGGCUGUAGACCUCGGCGGGACCAAUUUCCGUGUCUGCUCGAUCCAGCUCAAUGGCGACACCACCUUCAAUCUCACGUAUACCAAAGUUGCGAUUCCCAAAGAUCUCAUGGUUGCGAAGACAGCCAAAGAGCUCUUCGCCUUCUUGGCCAAGCAGGUCGAGCUGUUCCUUGUGACGCACCACGGCGACCAUUUCGAGCGUCACGUAAGGCGGCGGCUGACAGUCAGCUCGCCUGACGGUUUCAAGGACGAGAACGUCUUCCGCCUGGGCUUCACCUUCAGCUUUCCAGUGCAGCAAGUCGGGAUCAAUAAAGGCACUCUCAUAAGAUGGACGAAGGGCUUUGAUAUCCCAGACGCAGUUGGCAAGGAUGUGUGCGCGCUCCUGCAAACCGAGAUUGAUAAACUUCAUCUUCCAGUUAAAGUGGCCGCUCUUGUCAACGACACUGUAGGGACGCUCAUGGCGCGUUCCUAUACUUCCCCAGGAAAGACUGGUGCCGUCCUUGGCGCCAUUUUCGGUACUGGCACCAACGGGGCGUAUGUCGAAAAGCUUUCCAACCUCAAGAAGCCUUUGACUGGCGAGUAUGACAAUUCGACUGGCGACAUGGUUAUCAACACGGAAUGGGGCUCGUUUGACAAUCAGCUCAAUGUCCUGCCUAACACAUCGUGGGACAUUGAACUUGACAAGACAAGCGUGAACCCUGGGAUCCAGAUGUACGAAAAGCGUGUCUCCGGAAUGUUCCUCGGCGAGAUCCUACGACUCGCCAUUCUUGAUUUGCUCAAGAACCCAAAGGUCGCCUUUUUCAAAGACGAGAACUCCAGCUCCAAUGAUUGGAAGUCGACAACUCACAUCGCGCCGAACUCGAGCAUUUACGAGCAGUGGGGUAUCGACACAGCCAUUAUGUCGGUUGCCGCGGCUGAUAACACUCCCGAGCUGUCUAUCCUCCGCCAGGAACUCGAAUCUACCCUGAGCGUUUAUUCUCCGGCCCAUGAUGAUGCUCAAGCUUUCAAGGCUAUCGCUGGGGCUGUCGCUCGUCGUGCCGCACGUCUAGCGGCUGUCGCCAUCGCUGCAAUCGUUCUGCAAACAGGCAAACUGAUUGAUCCGGAAUCUAAGGAUGAACCCAUUGAUAUUGGUGUUGAUGGAAGUCUUGUGGAGCACUAUCCCUAUUUUAGGGAUAUGAUAACCGAGACCCUGCGCGUCAUCGAUGGCGUCGGUGAAGAAGGCGCCAAGCGCAUCCGUAUUGGAGUUGCGAAGGACGGGUCCGGUGUUGGCGCUGCGCUCAUUGCACUUGUUGCUGCCGGAAUGGAGAAGAAUACCAGCACAGCCGACUACUUCCGUGAGCUGCGCUCCAGUGCGCCGGUCACCCUAACGUCCGUUAUGGAAGAUGACGCGGUAGAUGAAUAG